UUAGCGGAGCUGUUGCCAUCGCUGCCUCCUGCCAGGAUGGUCCCCAACGGGCCUGGGGAUGCUCGUUUCCUGGCAAAACACUGGGACGGGCUGGAGGUUGGCCCCACCAUGGUGGGAGACGAGCAUUCGGAUCCCGGCCUGAUGAGCUUCCUGGGGGCCACGAAGAGGAACAUGCUGGGCAACCACUU